GUGUUCCACAUCUCGGUGAGAUCGGAAGCAAAAACAUUUUGCUCUUGGAUAAAAAUAUAAUCUUAAUUUUGUGAAUAAAAAGUAUCAGGAAGAAAGAAUUAAAGUGAAUUAGACAACUGUGUGUACAACUCAAUUACGGAUGAUAUUAAUUGAGAAGUGUUUACAACAAAUUUGAGCUCAAAAAGAUGAAAUAAACAAAUGAAGUGAAUUUUAAUUAUAUUUAUCUAAAGUAAUCAAAAAAAUAAUCAAAUUCUAUCGUAAUCAUUGAAGAUAACAAUAAUGUUUAUUAAUUUAUGAUCACAUAAUAAAUGAAUGUGUAAAUAUUCAGUGAAUAGCGUAAUGUUUUAAUAAACUUACACAGAUUUGUGGAUUUACUCGAAAAUAUUUUGGAACACAACAAAAAAUGGACAACUUAAAAACUUUUGGAUUAUUUUUCAUUUUCUCCGUCGUUUCUGCGAGUUAUAACUUGUAUCUUAACGAGCAUGAAACUAUGAGACUUCUAGGACUCUCGGCUGAACUUUAUUAUGUUAGAGAAGGUUUAAUAAACAAAUAUGCUCUUCAAUUUACGGUUCCCGUGCCAGCAAACGUCAGAGACAUUGCGUUUACAUGGCAGAGUUUGGCUGGAAAGCCAUUGCCGUAUCGCAUUAACAUAGCGACAUCAGAUCCCGUUGUUUUACCGCGACCACAACUCAACAUCACUCGUAUUGGCGAGAUGCCACAAGAAAUUGAAACUUUUGCCAUUGAUAUGCGAUGCUCGGGCGUGAGAGCGGCAGAAGUUGAUGUAACAAUAUCCAUCGAAGUGACUCUCAAUCGUGCUAAUAAUAAUGUCACCGAACUCGUCUUUACAAGACGAAAGAUUUGCUUACAAAGUGAAGUCCCGGAAAAUACAUCCGACAAUCCAACGUUGUUGACAUCAAUUCCAAAGCCACCAAGUGCCAUAAUCACUUUGAUUGUUGGCGGAAUUCUUGCAAUGAUUCUCGUCGCUGUUCUCAUUUCGAUUGCUUAUUGUGCACGAGGACCAACGAAAAGGAAGCCUCAUUUAUCGCAACCCGUUCGCACGUCAAGCUUUCAACGCCUACAAACGCACUCAUCGUCACUUGCGCCUUCGAUAUGUCCAACAAAUGCAACUCUACCACGCAGCAAAUGCUCUGAACCGGAAGAACUUCAUCGAAGGAUUUCCGAGAUUACCGUUCAACGAUGUCGCGUGCGAUUGUCAAGUUUAUUGCAAGAAGGAACAUUUGGCCGUGUUUAUCGUGGAACUUAUAAUGAAAGCCAAGACGUGCUUGUCAAAACUGUCGGGCAACACGCAAACCAAAUGCAAGUUUCGCUUUUACUUCAAGAAGGAAUGAACCUUUAUGGCGCUUGUCAUGUUGGCAUUCUUUCAGUGUUAGGUGUUUCAAUUGAAGACCACACAGCACCAUUUUUACUUUAUGCAGCUGACAAUAAUACAAAGAACAUGAAACUCUUCCUUCAAGAGCCCAUUGCAAGAACACUAACAACAAUCCAAGUUGUCAAGAUGUCUACACAAUUAGCGUCAGCAAUUUGCCAUCUUCAUUCGCAUGGCGUUCUUCACAAAGAUAUUGCAGCGAGAAAUUGUGUUAUCGAUGAUGAGUUGACAGUGAAACUCACUGAUAAUUCUUUGUCACGGGAUCUUUUCCCACAAGACUAUCAUUGUCUCGGUGAUCGUGAAAAUCGUCCUAUCAAAUGGAUGUCACUUGAAGCGCUUAGUUUAAGAAACUUUUCUGAAGCUUCGGAUGCGUGGGCGUUUGGUGUACUCAUUUGGGAAUUAUUUACACUCGCAAAGCAGCCAUACGUUGAUAUUGAUGCCUUUGAAAUGGAAAAUUAUCUUCGUGAAGGUUAUCGAUUGACGCAGCCAUUAAAUUGUCCUGAUGAAUUAUUCACUAUCAUGGCCUAUUGUUGGGCAGUUGCCAUGCAUGAUCGUCCCACGUUUCAGCAACUACAAUUCUGCCUACAGGACUUUUACAAUCAACUCACGCGAUAUGUAUAGAAGUAUGGAAAAUAUAAAACAAUUGUGUUUGGCGCAACGCAGCAACAGCCUGAACAAUGAACUGAGUCAAUGCCAAAAGCAUUUUUUAUUUUUAUUGAAUUGCUCGUCGAUAAAACAAACAACAAAACGAAAAAUAAAAAAGCGCUUCAAUUGGCAAAUUACAUUGAACGUUUUAUAUUCGUCAUAAUAAUUUAAAUCGAAAUCAAUUUGGAUUAAUUUACGAGCAGCUAAAUGAGAGGAUAAGCUGAGUUGUUUGAUUCAUUUUGAUUUUCUGUGAUAUUAACGUUAUUGAAAGCUUUUUUGACAACUUUUUUCAUUUUCUUUUAUCUCCAUAAAUAUCUAUUAUAAUUAAUUAAUUAUUGAAUGAGAAAUAAUUUGAAAUAAAUAAAAGGAAAGUCUAAAUUUUGAUAGAAUAGCGUGAAUGUGUUUACUGUUGAAAAGAAUUCGAAAAGGGAAAGAAUGAAUAGUAGAACAAAAGAAUGAUAAGUGGGAAAAGUAUGUUAAAUAAUAUAAAUGAAUAAAAUAAUAAUUGUCAUAAAAUAUGCCUAAAAUAAAUUUCAAAACAAAAAAAAAUCA